AUGGUGCACAUUCAAUGGGCAUCGCAGCAGACUCUGUUCCACCGCGUCCAACGUUCGGAAGUGUUCGGUCAUUCUAUUUCCGGCAGCCUUUCAACGCCCGUCCCGAGAGCCCUUCUGAUUAAGGAGCCAUCGAACGCCUCGAACGGACUUAAGUUUAAUGACCCUCUCUUCAAAGAACAGUGGUAUCUGGACGAAGCAGCAAGUGAAGAAUUUUUAUACUUGAACUCUGAAUUCAAAGCUAUUCCCGAAAACAGCCAUGGUACUUAUUGUGCAGCAAUUGCAGCUGGUGUCGCAAACAACCGAGUUUGUGGAGUUGGGGUAGCGUAUGACGCAAAAAUUGUAGGAGUUAGAAUUUUGAAUGGUCCUCUGACGGACGCGCAGGAAGCCAUUGCGUUGGUACACGCCCUGGAAGUGGUGGACAUCUACACUGCCUCCUGGGGACCGGAAGACAAGGGCAACGCCAUAGGAGGACCUGGACAUCUGGCCAGAAAGGCUAUCCUGAAAGGAGUGACACAAGGUCGUCGAGGCAAGGGGGCCAUCUAUGUGUGGGCGGCAGGAAACGGCGGCGCUUACUUGGACAACUGCAACCUCGACGGCUACGCAUCUAGUCCCUUCACGGUGACAGUGGGGGCCCUGGGGCCGGAAGGGCGCAGCGCAUUCUAUUCGGAGCACUGCGCGGCGGUCCUCGCCUCUGUCUAUGUGGGAGGGCCCCAUUAUCCACCCUCCAAAGAAGACCUGGAAAAGGAAAGACAAAAGCCCAAAGUGGUCGUUCCGGAAGGAAGAGGGAAAUGCCGACAGACAUUCCAAGGAACUUCCGCAGCUGCACCCCUCGCGGCUGGAGCCAUUGCACUUCUACUACAGGCAAAUCCUUCUCUCGGAUGGCGGGACGUACAGCACAUCAUUCUCAACACUUGCCGCAUACCUUCCCCUGAAGAACACGGCUGGUUGUGGAAUGCGGCAGGCUUUCAUUUCCAUCCCAAGAUCGGCUGCGGCGCCCUUGAUGUCGACAGGAUGGUCGAGUCAGCUAUUCACUGGAAGCCAGUUGGUCGCUUGAAAACGUGGAAGAGUGCACCAGUAAAAAGCAAAAAGCUUCUUCUGGCGAGAAGGAACACAUUCUUGGUAACAAAUGUUAACAAAUCUUCGAUGCACCCAAUUAACAAAAUUAAUCGGCUGGAAACAGUUGUGGCGACUGUUGACAUUACAAAUCUGCACUGUGGACACCUUGAAAUGUCUUUGACGUCACCCAUGGGCACACGAUCCGCAAUUCUGACGAGGAGGCCCUAUGACAACAAAACAACCAGGUUUCCUCACUGGGACUUUACUUCACUUCACUUCUGGGGAGAAGAUCCAGAAGGGAAAUGGUUAUUCGAAGUGUCUAAUCAUGGUUAUGAAAACGGUUUCUUAAAUUAUUUCUCUGUCACGUUUUAUGGAACGGAAGAAAAGGAACAUCAGCCACAACCCAGGAAACACUAAGCAGAAACUGAAAAUGUAUGACAAACUGUUUUACUCCAUUGACUGUAUUCUUGGCAAUGCGGACUGCCAACUCGCCAAAGUUCUUCGAUUUCAGGAAGUGAUAACGACUACAGUAGGUGCAAACCAAACCUGGCAGCACUGUAAAGGCUACGCAGAUCCAAAUCACAACAUUACGACGCUGCCGGGGCCGUGGUAGCCCGAUCGGUAUAGUGUCGGAUUCGGGGCCGGAGGGUCCUGAGUUCGAACCUCGAUGGUCGAAGACCCACCGUCGUCA